AUGCGGUCGUUUGCCUUCCUUUCCGCGGCCAGCCUGCUGGCGGCCACCGCCAGCGCCAGCUUCGACGGCAACAUCAACUACGGCAGCCCGUCGCGCCGCCAUGCCAGCCUUGGCAUCGACGUCGACAAGGUUGAGCGCCGCUCCUGGAAGCGCGGCAACGUCGCCCACUCGCCCGACGAGCUGAGCUUCACACACGGCGUUGCCUCUGGUGACCCUUGGCCCGAGAGCGUCAUCCUCUGGACGCGCAUUGCGCCCUCCAACGAGUCAGACCAGAACGACGUCACCGUCGCCGGAACUGUCCCUCUCUACGACCACGAGACGGAAAAGUAUGUCAAGGCGGACCCGAACCCCAUCUGCGUUGAAUGGAAGGUCUUCAAGAGCAAGUGCGCCAACGACACCAACGUCAAUGUCGUCGCCAACGGCAAGGCCUACACCACCUCGGACAUUGACUACACCGUCAAGGUCGAGGCCAAGGGUCUCAAGCCCCUCACCAAGUACUGGUACCAGUUCACCGUGUGCGGCUCCAGCAACAAGUCUCCCAUCGGCCGCACCAAGACGGCGCCUAAGAAGAACGACGAUGUCUCCAAGCUGAGCUUUGCCGUCUUCUCGUGCAGCAACUUCCCCAAUGGCUACUUCAAUGCGUACGGCAAUGCUGCCCGCAAGGACAAGCACGACUAUGUCAUCCACCUCGGCGACUACAUCUAUGAGACUGGCAAGGGUGGCGAGCGUGCGACCAAGCCUACUGGCACCAUCUUCACGCUCGGCGACUACCGUACUCGCCACGGACUGUACCGCUCCGACGCGGACCUGCAGCUUCUGUCCAAGAACUUUGCCUGGAUUCCCACCUGGGAUGACCACGAGUUCGCCAACAACGGCUACCGUGACGGCUUCAGCGGCCUCAACAACACUGAGGAGUCCUUCCUGAACGACGGGCCCAAGACCGGCCCCAAGGUUACCGUUGACAGCCGCAAGGUCAACGCUGUCCGCGCCUACUUUGAGUGGAUGCCCAUUCGACAAACCGAUCUGGAUGACGGCCUCCGCGUGUGGCGCUCGUUCCAGAUGGGCAAGCUGCUGGACCUCAUCAUCCUCGACACCCGCAACUACGACCGCAGCAUCACCUCCCUCGGCUGGAACGACCACUACAUUGACCUCAUCCGCGACGACCCCAGCCGCACCCUGAUGGGCUCCCGCCAGGAGAACUGGUUCUACCGCUCGCUGAGCGAGUCCCAGAACCGCGGCGCCAAGUGGCGUAUCGUCGGCAACCAGAUUGUCUUUUCUCGCAUCCUCGAGAACGACAGCGGCUCGCUGAGCGGCGACAACUGGAGUGGCUACCUCGCCAACCGCAACCGCACGCUGCAGCACAUGUACGACAACGGCAUCACCAACAACAUCUUCCUCGCCGGCGACAGCCACCAGAACUGGGUGUCGGACAUUACAUGGCUGGGCAACAAGCCUUACAACAAGGACUCGGGCGAGGGUGCCGUGGGUGUCGAGUUUGCCGGCACGGCCGUCACGUCGAGCGGGCAGAAGGGCCUCAUCGAGCCUGCUGCCGGCAACUACGCGCGCGGCAUGAUUGCGCGCAACGACGAGAUGCAGUGGCAGGAGGGCUACUACCGCGGCUACUUUGUCCUGACGGUGGCUCCCGACCAGGCGACAGCGCAGUUUUACGGCUCCCCUUCGGUCGCGACGCGCAACUCGUGGGACCUGCCGCUGGCCAACUUCACCGUCAAGGCCGGGACGAACCACCUGGCACGCCCCAUUGCCGGCGGCAAGGUCGAGUCUGGUGCCAUCCGUGGCGGCGAGGUCAAGCACACGAACCUGACGCUCAACACUGACACCAAGGAGUGGAAGGUCAUUGGCUUCGAGAAGAUGUUCAUCUAA